AUGCAUCUAACAGCCUGGCUUCAAGCCCUGCUCUUGCUUCCAAUAGCAUCAUGCACCUUCCAGGACCCCGAAAACACAGACCGCAUCAAAUUCCGAUACUGGCUCCCAGACGCCAGUGUAAACACGACCACGGUCCAAAAUGACAUCCGCUCGGCCUCCUCAAUUGGCGCAGGUGGCAUCGAGCUUGUUCCGUUAUAUAACUACGGCGGAUCCCUAGCGGCGCCCCCGUCCGGCGCGGACUGGGCUACCUAUGGCUUUGGGACGGAGGCUUAUAGCCGUGUCCUUAAGGCUUCGCUGCAGGCUGCCAAGGAUGCCGGGAUGGUCUUUGACUUUGCGUUGGGCCCGAACCAGGGACAGGGUGUUCCUGCUGAGACGACGGACCCGGGAUUGCAUUGGGAUUUGGCGUCGUUUAAUGCUACUGUUUCUCACAAUGGGUCAUAUAAUGGCAGGGUCCCUGGAUGGGGAUCGGGGGAGCUGGUUGCACUUGUUUCAGCACAAGUAUUGUCCUCGUCGGUUAUCCAUAACCCAGCCAGCUCGACGUUUGGCACGCCAUCAACGACGUCUACCCGGCUGGUACUUCAGAAUGCCUCUCUCACUGACCAUACGGAUUAUGUCCAUCGUGAUGGAACUGUACAGUUGCAGUUCGGCACAAAGGCUACUCACCACCUUUUUGCAUACUACCAGUACCAGGACCUUGCAAAGAACCUGGACAUCGAAACGAACACGACCGGAAGCAUUUUCGACAACGGAUCCUACAUAGUAGAUCACUUCAGUGCCCGCGGUGCACGAACCACCAUUGACUUCUGGGAGAAAUAUAUUCUCGACUCCGAGACCAGACAGCUGCUCUCCGAAGUCGGGAACUAUGCCUGGGAAGAUAGCUUGGAAAUCGAAUCCAACAUCUCCUGGACGCCCUCACUGCCACAGAAAUUCCAUCGAAUGACAGGGUACGACUUGCGGAAAUACCUCCCUUUAAUCCAGUUCGGCAACAAUAAUCCUGGUGUGCAGCCAUCCUAUCCAGGCGAUAUGCAAUGCGUUCUUGACACCGAAGAUGCUGGCCAGGGCGUUGUAAAUGACUACCGCAAAACACUAGCCCAGGGAUACCAGGAGUACUUAAACACCUUGAAGAAAUGGACGUCCUCGCUCGGUGUCGAAUACUCCGCCCAGCCCUCGUAUAACCUCCCGCUGGACAUGGAAUCCAGCAUUGCACACGUCGAUGCCCCCGAAUGCGAGAGCCUCGCCUUCAACGACAAUGUCGAUGGAUAUCGACAGUUCUCGGGUGUAGCAACCGUCGCCCAGAAAAGCAUCAUAUCCAACGAGAUGGGGGCCAAUAUGCGCAAGGCAUUUUCGCUGACCGUUUCACAUCUGCUCUGGCAGAUUAACCGUGCCUUUGCGGGAGGCGUGAACCAGGUUGUCCUCCAUGGUCAGACAUAUUCGGGGAAUUACUAUGAUACGACAUGGCCUGGGUAUGCGUCGUUCUUCAUGCUUUUUGGAGAAUCGUAUAACGAUAAGCAGCCUGCUUGGGAACAUAGCUAUUCAGACAUGAUUGCGUAUGCGAGCAGGAAUCAGUUUAUUUUGAGACAGGGGAUGCCGAGGACGGAUGUUGUCUUUCUGAAUAAGGAUUCUGUCACGGAUCCUCAACUCGGAACUGUUUAUGCUGGCAGUGAUCUGGUUGACGGUGGGUAUACAUACAGCUACUUAUCGCCGGAUAAUCUAGUCAUGGACGGUGUCAGGGUUGAGAAUGGUCUUCUUGCACCGGAGUCCCCGGCCUAUAAGGCUAUUAUUGUUACUGGACAUCAGAAUGUCACGCUUGAAUCUGUUAAGAAGCUGCAGCAGUUCGCACGGGCUGGGAUUCCUCUUAUUCUCAGCGGUGGGCUUCCGGGGUACUAUCCCUCUGGGAAUUCCACUGAUACCAAGGCAAACCAAGAUGCAGCUAAAGCGGCUCUCCAGAGCCUAGAGAGAAGUGAGAACGUCUAUACCACUGGCACGCACAGGGUUGCCCAUCGCCUAACAGCUAUCGGCAUUGCUCCUCGCGUCCGCGUCCAAACCAACGGCACCUGGUAUCCAGUCUACAGAACAGACAACGCAACAGAUACAGACUACGUCUUUUUAUUCUCGGACUCUACAUCCAAAUCCCCCUCAAAUGGCUCAGUAACCGUUCAAACUACGAAAACGCCAUAUUUCUUCAAGAGCUGGAGUGGACAUCGUUCCCCGAUCGUCCAUUACCAGACCAGCAACAACGGCACAAUCACAAUCCCACUGACACUUGCAGUAAACCAAACAACAGUCCUAGCAUUCAGUGACAGUCUAAAAGCUGAAAUAGACACCCCUCCAGUUCACGCAAUUCAUCUCCCUCACUCCGUUAUAGGGUAUGGCUAUACCAGAGACACUGGACUGGCGCUCCACGUCAGUCCCUCCCACCAGACAACAAACACCUCUGUCCCGCUAUCAAACGGCAAAUCGCACCAUCUUCCGGCAUCUUCAUCAGUCAUGCAACCAGGAACUCCCCGGCAAAAAUCAUUCAAACUCUCAAACUGGACCCUAACAGUCGAACACUGGGCCGCACCAUCAAAUCUCUCCAAUGCGCAUAUCCCAGCCGUGAAGCAUAACACUACGCAUUUAUUGAAUGCAACGUUCCUGCCCUCCUGGAUUGAUAUUGAGGGUUUGCACAAUGUCUCUGGUGUUGGAUACUACCACGCUGAGUUUCACUGGAAUUCUAGCACGAAUAUUACUGGUGGUGGUCACAAUUCAGGGGCAUAUAUCUCCCUCCCUCCAGUGCCGCAUGGGCUGCAGGUAUAUGUCAACGGCCAUCGACUCCAUGGGGUCGAUUUUAACAGGCCGUUUGCUGAUAUGGGACCUUAUCUCACUUCCGGGGUGAAUGUUGUGGAGAUUGUUGUUCCCACUGUGAUGUGGAAUUAUAUCCGCACCUUGUAUGGCGAUAUUGAGAUUGCAGGAUCUGAGCCUUUGUUGACAACAACGGGGCCUUUGCCGUGUCUUGUUGAGACAGGACUUAUGGGGGAGGUGGAGAUUUUGCCGUAUGUGGUUAGUUGGGUUGAUAUUUAA